AUGACGGUCGACGAAGUGCCGAUGAAAAAUUCCACUUUGAUGGUGCAGUGCUUUAACGCAGACGACCGUCGUUCAGGCUUCGUCCGUAGCAUCGAAAAGGUAAAAUUCGGAGUACCGGUCACUGAGGCGUUGUUGCACGACAUUCCAGCAACUCUUUUGGUAUUGUUGCUGAGUGUAAACAAACUCGGUCCGUUGAAAAAGGACAUAUGGCGAGCACCGGGCAACCAGGCCCACGUCCGCAAGCUCAUUCACGGAAUGCAGCACGGCCACUUGGUGAAUGUUGAUAAUUUUUCCGUUUAUACCGCUGCUUCUGUUAUCAAAAAAUUUCUUAGCAAACUGCCGGGCGGAAUUUUCGGCCGUGAGAACGAGGAACACCUGUUUCGCAUGCUGGAUGUGGAAGAUUCGCGGAAGAAACGCGAAGCGAUCUGUCGGGUGAUAUCCUCGUUGCCAGUGCCUUCGCAGCACCUUCUCGUGUUACUGUUCGGGACGUUUCGUUUGAUUUGCGAUUCGUCCGAUGGCUCUCCGACGCGCAUGACUCCUGAAGCAAUCGGGCUGUCGGUCGCUCCUUCGCUGUUCCAUACGUGCAUCCACGAUGGGCAUCGAGCUCGAAUCGAGGACGUCGUGAGGUUUCGGAUGGCGUCGAAGGUCGUCACCGUGAUAGUGGAAAAUUUCGGCUUCUCAAAUCUUUUUCCGAGAGACAGCUACGAAUUUUACGCGAGAAUGACUGGACGAACGCUCCGCGUCGAGGCGAAUUGGCACUUCUCAUUCCAGUAUCCUUCCAGUAAGAACUCGUUCUUUUCUGUUCUCUGUUUAUUGCAGUAA